AUGUCCCAGCCGAUCGAGGUGCCUGGCGAGGCAAGCCCAUUGGGAUACCAGAAUGUUGUCAACACUUUGGCAAUGGCUGCUAGCUCAAGUCAGCAGCAGGUUAAGACAGGUACAGCACAGUUGCAGAACUGGCAGAAACAGGGAUCCUACCAUUCCAUCCUUCAAGAUGUCUUCUGCGAUCAUUCCUUACCGACUGAAGUUCGAUACCUCGCAAUCAUCCAGCUAAAAAACGGAAUCGACAAGUACUGGCGAAAGACGGCAACCAACGCGAUAUCAAACGAGGAAAAGGCCAAGAUUAAGACAACUGCUAUGCAGGCAGGAAUCGCUGAACCUGAACGCCCGCUCGCCCUCCAGAACGCCUUGAUGAUCGCCAAGAUUCUCCGCUAUGAAUUUCCUCAUGACUGGCCGGAUGCGAUUACGACGGUGAUUACCUUCCUGCGAUCCUCAACUCAGCCCGGUGCAAACCCCAUCCAACUUCCCCGGACCCUCCUUAUCCUCCUGCAAAUCAUCAAAGAACUGUCUACCGCGCGCCUACAAAGAACCCGAGUCCAGCUUCAGUCUGUUUCACCAGAGCUGUUCCAUGUAUUGGGGAGCAUCUAUGUGGAUAAAGUCAACACUUGGGUAUCCAUCUUGGAGCACGGCGGUGGCGAUGAAGCAUCAUUGCUGGAUGCGAUCGAACAAAGUUUGGUUUCCUUGAAGGUUCUCCGACGCCUCAUUAUUGCCGGAUUCGAACAUCCGGGUCGUGAUCAAGAGGUACAAAACUUCUGGACAUUGUCAUAUAACCAGUUUGUGAAAUUCCUUUCCUUCGUGCGCGAGUCUGGCAAGCUGCCAGAGCCCGUCGAAAUAGGCAUACAGAAGCAUAUCUUACAGCUUUCUAAGCUCCACGUGGAAAUGGCCAAGACCCAUGCGGCAUCAUUUGCCCACUUUGCACACAGCAUUGAACUUGUGAAUACCUACUGGACCUUACUUCAAAAUCUUAGUGAAGUGUAUGUCAGUCUUGGAGCGGAUGCUGAGGCCGAAGGGCAAUCCUUACCCGAGAAGACGGGCCUCAGAGCUUUGCUUUUGAUCAGAGCUUGCGCGAAGAUGGCUUUCAAUCCAGUGCACACUUUCAAGUAUCAGACUCCGGAAGAUAAGGAGGAGAGAAAGCUGGCUGUCGAGCGAAUUAAGACGGAACUAUUCACUGAUAAAUUUGUAUUGGACACUAUGGAGUUGCUUGUCACGCAAUUCUUCAGGUUCCGCAAUGUUGAUUUUGAGGAAUGGGAAGCGGAGCCCGAGCAAUGGGAGAAGCGCGAAGAAACUAGCAGUGAGGCUUGGGAGUUUUCCAUCCGCUCAUGCUCUGAGAAGCUGCUCCUUGACCUUGUCAUCCAUUUCAAGGACUUGCUUAUUGAUAGGUUGUUGGACGUGUUUCAUUCAUUCGCACGGACCGAUAACCGCAAUGUGAUCCUUAAGGACUCGUUGUAUUCCGCCAUUGGUUUAGCUGCAGCCAGUCUUGAGCAGCGUUUGGAUUUCAACAAAUUCCUUGAAACGACUAUUGUACCAGAGGUCCAAAUUCAGGAUCCGGAGUACAGGCUUCUGAGAAGGCGAAUCCCCAUGGUACUUGGUCAAUGGGUGCCAAUCCAGUAUGAGAAACUCAACAUCGAUGCUAUUUACCAGGUCUUCCAGCAUUUGCUGAACAAGGAUGAUCCGUUGAAUGAUCUGGUGGUCCGCAUUACUGCUGGUCGACAGCUCAGAAAUAUCAUUGAGCCCUUCGAGUUCACCUCCGCGGCCUUCGUUCCAUACGCUCCCUCUAUUUUGGGAAGUCUUAUGUCUCUGGUCCAGGAGGUCGAAGUUUCUGAAACCAAAAUGGGCCUGGUGGAGACAGUGCGAGUAGUGGUGGUGAAGAUGGAAAGCCAUAUCGCCCCCUUCUCGGACGCAAUUCUUUCACUGCUUCCACCGCUGUGGGAAGAGUCUGGGGAUGAACAUCUGAUGAAACAAGCCAUUCUCAACCUGCUUUCAUCAUUGAUCCAUUCGCUUAAGCAGGAGUCUGCACGAUACCACUCGCUCAUUCUCCCUCUAAUCCAAGGAUCUGUCAACCCCGAAUCCGAAACUUUUAUGUACCUUUUGGAUGAGGCAUUGGAGCUGUGGGCCGCAAUCAUCAUGCAGACACCCUCACCCGCCUCCCCGGAGAUCCUCGCCCUCAUGCCCGCCAUCUUCCCCAUCAUCGAGCAAGGAACUGACAGCACCCCCCAGGCUCUUAGCAUUGUCGAAUCAUACAUCUUCCUCGCCCCUCAAGAGGUCCUCCGCGACGGAGUUCGAGACUCCCUAUUAACCUCCCUGAAAGAAACACUUUCCUAUACAACAAAGAUGCGCACAGGUGUCGUACCCCGCCUCGUCGAGAUGAUGAUCCGCGGAGCCGAAACCGUCGAUGGCGGCAGCGAGGCUACCUACAGCAUAAUCUCGCGCUCCCUCCUCGAGACCUCAUUCCUCCCAUCUCUUCUCGAGGGCCUUUACUCCGCCUACGAAGCGAGCCAGACCUCCGGCCCGAACCGCAAAUCCUCAAACGUAGUCGGCGUCAUCGAAACAGACUACCUAUCCGUCCUCGCCCGCCUCGCCCUGGGCAACCCUACCAUCUUCGCCUCUGCCGUCGCAGCCGCCACAAACUCCACGGAAGAACAGUGUCUCGGCUGGAUUCUUACGGAGUGGUUCUCUCACUACGAUAAUAUCGGCAGUGUGAACCAGAAGAAGUUGCAUGCUCUCGCUCUUACCCAGCUCCUCGCUCUUCAGGGCCCUUCUACUAAUCCCUCUGGCCCUGCACCUCCUCCCCCAUUCAUUCUUAAUCACCUUCAAUCUUACCUCACUAUGUGGACUGAUAUCAUCACUGAGUUAUCGGAGGGUGGCUCGGAUCCGAAUGCCGAUUACCUAGUCUACUGGAACGCGCCUAAGGGUUCUGAGACUGCGAACCCGGAGAACUCGGAGGAGGUCGAGACGCCUGAGAACAUUCGCCGUGCUGAAUGGCAAUCUACGGAUGCGAUUCACCGGUUCCCGAUCCGCGACUUUGUACGCCAACGUCUGGAGCAGGUUAUUCUUGCCUGCGGUGGUGCUCAGCGCUUCCAAGAGGAGUGGUUGGUCAAUGUCGAUGGUGAGGUUGUGUCGGCUUUUGGUGCCUUGGGACUGCUUUGA